ACCCUAAGCAAGCUAAGCUAAAGAUCGAGAACUGAGCUUGUCAAAAAAAAAAAAAAAUUAGGGUUAAGAGGGUAGGGAAGAUGAUUAAAUACAAGGCGGCGCCUGAGUACGCGAAUGCUAAAACGGCGGUGUGGUGGGACAUGAACUGCUGUCCGGUUCCAGAAGGUUAUGAUGCUGGUCGGGUUCGGCCGAGUAUAGAAGGGGCGCUGAAGGAGUUGGGAUACUAUGGUCCUGUAACCAUCACUGCCAUGGGCGACCUGACGGAAGCACAUCCUCACUUCCUGCAAAGGCUCUCUUCCACUGGAAUCCUUGUUCAACACGCCAUCACCGAUUGGUUACCCACACUCGUUUUCAGUGAUUUGAUGGAAUUCAAAAGAAAUAAUCCACCACCAGCUACAAUAAUGCUCAUAUCCGAAAUAUUGGAGGGAAAAUUGGAGUUUCCUCUUAGCCGGAAUCAACAAAUUCAAAGUGGAUACAACCUUUUUCUGGCGAGUUCAAGUGGUGGGUCUAUGGUACGUCUCCACGUUACUGCAGAUUGGCGCUGGAAAACCCUACUGGAGGCGGCGGCAGAUUCAGUGUCUCAGGACACAACCACAACAAGAAGUUAUGUUCUUCGGAAAUGCAGUUCCUCUACCUUGUCGUCAUUUGUUUGCAGAGCAUGCAAAUUUACUGGCCUAAGCGUUGCAAGUUUCACCAGUCAUCUCUCCAGUGAAGGACAUAAAAAGACGGACAAGGAGGAGAAGGAGAAGUUCAGUGAGCCAGACUUCUCACCUUUCAUAACAGUAAAGAUGAACGACCAAGCCGCGCCUGAGUACGUGAAUUCUAAAACGACUGUGUGGUGGGACAUGGACACCUGUCCACUUCCCGAUGGUUACGAUGCUCGCCGGGUCCGCCCAAGUAUAGAAGGGGCCUUGAAGGAUUUGGGAUACUAUGGUCCUGUAACCAUCAAUUGCAUGGGCAACCUGAAAAAUGCACAUCCUCACGUCCUGCAAGGGCUCUCUUCCACUGGAAUCCUUGUUCAACACAACACUAGGGUAGGCCUAUAUAUUUAUCAUGAUUUGAGGAUGUCCAAAUAUGAUAAUCCACCACCAGCUACAAUAAUGAUCAUAUCUGAUGAAGUGGAACCCGUGUUGUCUCUCUUCGUUUCUAUGGAUCAACAAAGGAGUUACUACAACCUUGUUCUGGCACGUACAUUUACUCCUCCGAGUAUGUCACGUCUCUGCCAUACUGCAGAGUGGCUCUGGCAAACCCUACUGGCUAGGUCUCCGGAGACAACAAGUUGUGUUCUUCCCAACUCUGCCUCGUCAUUUCUUUGCCGAUCAUGCGACUUUACUAGCCUAAGCGUUACAGAUUUCACCAGGCAUCUCUCCUCUGAAGAACAUAAAAAAGAAGAGCGUGACAGGGGCGGGGGCGAGGGCGAGGGCGAGGGCGAGGGCGAGGGCGAGGGCGAGGGCGAGGGCGAGGGCGAGGGCGAGGGCGAGGGCGAGGGCGAGGGCGAGGACAGUGACAGUGACAGUGACAGUGACAGUGACAGUGACAGUGACAGUGACAGUGACGAGGAAUCAAUGGCAAAGGCGUCCCCUCUCGGCGUGGCCGCCCAUGAUAAUCUUAAGCCUUCAACAAAGAUAAAUGGUUGCACGAGUGUGUGA